GCUGUGGCAGUCUUCUAAAAAAUUCUUUUCCAAAUACAAAUUCAAAAGUUCAACUUUUCUUAACAAAAAAUCCAGCCGAAUAUCUAGCAGCCAAAGCAAUUUUCUUUAGUUUUAGAAGACCUAAACUACAACUACAACUACAACUAUAGCCACAAUAGUAACAAAAACAACCAUUCCAAGCGGACUUCAUUAGAUAUGCUAAAAAGUGUAUGUGCAAACGCCGACUGUGAACUGUGAACUGUGUAGCAAAUAGUGAAAUAUCAAGCAGCUAAGAAACACGAAAGACAAAAACUCGACCUAAAAACAGUAAAUAGAAUAAAGGAAAGAGCAAGAACUGAUGUGAGGUUUAAGAUGCAAAUAAAAGUAAACACCAUGGAUUCAAUAAACUGACUUUGUAUUCUAUGAGCAACGGUCAAUGAAAGAGAGUACUGUUAUAUCUGCAUUGAAAGAUGAGAGUGCAAAAUGACUUAAAGUAAUCGUUGCUGCCUGAUGUUGUCAUGUCUUCAUAUGAUAGGUCCACCUUCGAAAAUUAAGCAGUACGAGUGAUUCAGUGUUCGGUGAAAGUGGUCUGAAUAGUAAUAGAAAAAAAAAACAAUUACAUAAAUAAAGAGUGAGAUAUUAGACUUUUCUUUCUUCUUCUUUGAUAUUGAAUAUUGAGAUUAAGCAACAUACUUGUGUUAGUGGAAUCUUAAAAGUUUCGAAUAUCAUUUGACAUACGCUAAAAUUUGAUUUUAUAUUUGGAAUGUUUGCUAAAUUGAAAAGCGGCGAUUACUGAAAAAUUCUCUGCCAGCCUAACCAGCCUUCGUUACAUCAACGUCUUACCUUCGGCCUGCAUUCGACAUUCGGUUCGUAAAAUUUCUUGUUUUCAUUGGAAAUUUCGUAUCUUGAAAUAUGUGUUCUCACAGCUUUAUUUCACUAAGGCCAAAAAAUCAAUUGCUAACGGCAAAUUUCAACGGCGCUACAUCUUCAGUCGAAAUACUUCACUUAAGUUUGGCCACGCCCUCCUGAACGCCAGCGCACCGAAAGGCAAACAUGUGACAGCCGUAAAGAAUCCACAUAAAAAAUUUCAAUAGUAUUUUCUUUGAAAUUCUUAAUGUUAUUAUGCAAUAGCAAUGGUAAAUACAGCAACAGCAACAAUUACAAAAUACCAACACCCAUAACAAAAUAUCAAUAGUAGGCGGCAACAACAGCAAUAAAACUAAACUACAAUUAACAUCUGCAAAAUUCAGCCAGUUGCCAUUUAACUGAAGCAACAAAUAAUUAACAAAGACAAUUUUGUGUUCUCAACUCUAAGUUGUACGCAACAACAACUAAUUAAACUCAAAAAGCAACAAACCCAACCAGCCAACAAGCCAACAAGCCAUCAGCAAAAGCAGCUACAUACAAACAUAUAUAAUAAACCGGAAUAUCAGUAAAAACACAGAAAAUAGAAGCAUAACCAAACAACGUCGGUGAGGAGAGUUCGAGUCCGAUUCAUCGAAUUUGAUAUCCCUGCCACGUCACGUCACCGUAAAUAGAAAUCUCAAUACACGUCUGAAUUUUUUACAAAAAGGAAUCUUUACCGGCCAUUUUAUAUUUGUUAUUGUUUUGGUUAAUCGUCACGUUCGUCGUUUCGUCAAACACUUUUGGCCAAUAUGAAUAUUAUACAUGCAUUUUAGACCUGUUUACAACGCAAAAUUCAAUAAAUUCAGACGUUAACACUUUUGGCGUCGAUUUUUGCAAACUACGAAAUUACCUGAAUCAAAAGUAACACAAAAUCAACAAAAAUCAACAAAAAAAAGAAACAACAAACAUAAAGCAAAAUUUAGCGAAGAGAAAUUUUUACUAAAACGUAAUUUUUAACGAAAAAUAAAACCUAGUCAUAAUUUUACUAAAAUAUUAAUUGAAACGAAUUGAAAAUCGAGAUCUAAGCGCUGGGAACAAAAUCACAACCACAACCACAACAUACUACGAAAUUAAAAGGCAUGGCCCACCCCAAGUCUACAGUAGGAGAAUAUCAGUAAAAAUAAUGAUGUGAUAUUUUUAUGUAUUCUCAGUUAAGGGUUACACCAUAUCGAGAAGUUAUCCAAUGAGAAAGCCGCUAACAUUUUGGAGGAUUUAUAAUGGACGGCAGAGAUAAAUAACACUUUGUUUGUGAGAGACUUUUGAAUGCUCGAGAGGAUAGAGGAUUCCAAAUUCAAACGACCCAAACCUAAAAUAUUAAAUUCAAAAAUUGUUUAAUACCACUCGAACGUGAAUAUCUGAGCAAAAUUUUCAAUACAAAUAAUAUGAAGUCAAAAAUAAACUCAAGUAUUAUAAUGGAAAUUACUGAACUGAUAAAAUUAUAUAAUAAUAAAAAUAUCUUGCAAUAAUGUUAUAGAAAUUAAAUGCAAAAGACAUUCGCAUGUGUGUGGUGGUGGAAAGAAAAAUCAAAACUAAAUUCAUUAUUAGAAAGAGCAAAAAACGUAGAAGACGAAAAGAACCAAAACAAAUAAUAAAACGAGUCAUCGUUCUUGAGAACAUCGUUGAAGUUGAGAACAAAAUUAAAGAUUUUGGCGAUAUUGAACCUUGAGACCCUAGCGGCCUUUGAAGAAAAGGAAAUUCAAAGCUAACGGUAUCGAAGCAACAUAGCUAAAUAUCAUACACAUUCAAGGAAAAGAAUAAUAUACAUAAGUAUUAAAUCAAACACCGAUGAUGGAAUAAACGGAAACGGAGUAGAAACCAACUAGACAUUUAGCAUGAAACAACUUUAAAUAUUAAUCGAAGCUCUUUGAUACUUUAGAGGCAUCAAAUUAAACGAACAACUUUACUAUUAACAAAUAGGUUCAGAGCGAUUAGAUUGCGGAUAUUUGCAGAACCUUUAUAUUAUUUAUUGGGAACACAAACAAUUAAGUAAUACCCUGGUACACCAUAGUGUGCUAGGGUAUAAAACGACAUUUCAAUCAGUAUUCGCCCCUAGAGCGCGGCGAAUUUAGAAUACUUGAACAAGACACCAAAACCAAUACAACAAUUUAGACGAAUAGUUGUAAAACGGAAGCCGAAACUAUUAAAAGAACAAUUCAACCUGGACUCUGUAGAUGCAUAUGUGUGAGUGCUUAUCUGAGCCUGAGCCAAUCCAACUAAAACAUUUCCAAGCAACAAGAGCAAUAGCAAUAUAACAGCAACAAAAGCAUCGAACAACGAAUAUCGACGAUACCAAGAAGACGAACUGUGGCAAAGUAUUGAAACUCCAGCCCAAUCCAAACCAAAACAAAACAAAACCGAACAGAACACAGAACCCAGAACCCAGAGCGAACGAAGCGACUUUAGUGUAAAUCCAUUGUAGGAGUGUGAGCGCUGUGCAUUAGUGUUGGUAAUUGUCUGUUUACAGUUCACAUAAGUAAUAAAGUAAAUUCUACAACAAAAGCAAACAAGAAAAACUUCUGUGUGAAAGGAAGGCAAAAACUUAGCGAGCCAAUAGACGAUCCACGUACGCACACAUACACACUACAAUUGCCAGCGUCGCCGUUUACUUUGUUUGUGUUUGUGAGUGGUGAAUGUUUGGCCGUUGUACGCAUCGCAAAGGUAGCAGCAGCGACGAAAGUAACCGAGCGAAAGCAGAAUCACUGAACCAUUACGCAGCGACUUAGCGGAGGAAACGACUGCAUUCACCACUAGUAGUCGCAGUCAGAGAAGCAUAACAGAGUUGGAGAUAGAGUUUGUGUGUUGAUUAGGUAGAACCAGGUAGGACAAGAGAACGAAGAGAGCUAAAUUCGCGAUAACUGCGAGCUCUGUAAGAGAAUAAGGCUUCACCCAGACUGUUGGCAUCUUAUGAUGUCAUCGGAAGAGGACACAGAGUGUUUCGGAUUGUACAACGAUGAUAAAUUACUACUAAAGGCGUCCACAGCAGCAUCAUUAUCUAAACUGGCAGAGCCCUCGUCUUCACCGCCGUUACUGGAAUUAGAAACCGAUUGUGUGAUAAAGCAAGAAACACCAUUACUAUUGCCACCCCCAACACCACCAUUACAAACGGCGAAGAGCGCAAAAACCAACACCAACCAAAAUCACAAAAACAAUAGUAACAACGCCAACGUCUGUAGUAAUAAUAAAAGCAAAAUCAACAGCAUUAACAGUACAACUGGCAAUAGCACGGCUCUCGAAGAGACACACGAAAGCGACCUUAUCGAAGACGACAACGUCAACGGUGGCAACAACGACGACGACGACGACGAUAACGACGUCGUAGUCAUACUCGAAGGUGUCGCAAGCAGCAACGAGGGCACCAAUAAUAGCCAGAGACAGAAUCGCCUUCGUAACAGCAGCCGUAGUCGUAGUCGAAGUCGCAGUGGCAGCAGUGUCAGCGGCAGCGGCAGCGGUAGUGGCAAACAACAAGUCGUGCAAGUCGUGCAUGUCACUGAGCGAGCAAACGAAAGUAGUCCGUGUGGUGCCGUCAACAAGACAAUAACGUGCACCGCUAACUUAGCAAUACGUUCAAAGUCAAUAUCUGUAGGAAUAUCAUCGUCGAAGUCAAAUAAAAAGAACACGUCCUUAUCGUCAUCGAGUGAAUAUCUUGUUAAUAAGAGCAGUAACAGUAGUAAUAACUGUACCAGUGCUAAUAAAAUAAACGUGAACGGUAAUAGUGUUUUAGGUCUAGAAUCGAAAUUAUUUUCGGGGUUCCAAGAUAAUACGAGUCCAACGCCGUUGUCAUUGCCCUUGCCGGUUUCGCCAACGCCGUCAUCCCCGCUCUUGCCGCCAACAGCGACUGCCUUCAUGAGUAGUGCUGCUGCGGCUGUCGCGGGCGCUGCUGGAGGAGCUCUCUAUGGAGCCUUAUUGAAUCAGACAACUUCGUCGUCCAAUAACACGCUUAACAACAGCAACGCUACUGCUAGUAAUAAUAAUCCACAUAACAGUGCAAACGUUUCCGUAUCCGCUUCCUCAUCGCCAACAGCAUCGUUGCUGUCCGGUAAUUUUACAGCGGCUCUUGGCAGCCUCUUCACAGCAAACGGUUUCGGUUCAGCAAAAAUGUUGAAUGAGUUAUUCGGUCGACAAAUGAAGCAAGCACAGGAUGCUACAAGCGGAUUACCCGCUACUUUAGACAAUGCCAUGUUAGCUGCGGCAAUGGAAUCGGCCACCAGCGCUGAACUGUUGAGUGCAGCAGGCUUGGUGAAUAGCUUAGGCCUCAAUGCCACCAGCAAAUUGCUCAAUAAUAAUACCAUAAACAGUUUGAAUAGUUUAAGCAAUGCCAGUGCGUCUGCAACGUCCGCUCUAAAUAACGGCAAUGCCAUUUCUGAUAAUCACCAAUCGUUGAAUGCCACAUCUGCCUCUCAAUCGCCAAAGAACCGCCGUGUGAGCAAUUGUAGUGAUCGAUCUUUGGACGAAGUGAACUCGCGAGCUGGUGAUUUGUGCUCACCACCACGUGCACCUUCUGCCAGCUCAACAUCUGUGGUACUAGGCGCUGUGAAUUCUUCUGAAAGAACCUCACCAAAUGUUCAACAACAGCAACAGCAGCAACAACAACAAAAUGAGUUAGCUCACCAUAUGCUAAGAAAUAUUUUGCAAGGUAAGAAAGAGCUCAUGCAGCUAGACCAAGAGCUACGAUCAGUAAUGAAUCAACAACAGCAACUCGCAGAUAAUCAGAACACGCUAAAGCAUAAUAAUAAUAAUUUGUCCGCUAACAAUAACAAUAAUUUGGAAGAUAAAGAAUCGAAUAAUGUAAUCAAUCUAUUGGAGGACACCAUGUCUGACAUUAAAAUUAAGUGCGAGCCCAAUCAGUUGCCAAAUAAUUCUGAGUCUGCGACUGCAGAAAGUAGGAAGUCAUCUGAUUCUGACGUUGCCGAUUCUCAGCAGGAUGAAGACCAACAGUCUGAGGGCGAUAACAUGGAUCAACAGCACAUGGAUGAGCAGGAUGAGCAACCGCAUUCAAACCUAACGGUGGGAGUAACUAAAAAGGAAGCUGAUGACAUCCUAGAAGAUGUAGAAUUAAUGGGUCUGAAUUCGCGGUCCGAUUUAGAGUCAUUGGCCUCACCUAGCCAAUCUGAGAUGAUGCUCUUAGAGAACAGCAAGGAUGAGUUAGAAGAGGAGCUUGAAAAGGAUGUCGCCGCUACCAUGUCCAAAAAACCAGGAAUGGAUAUGAAAAGAGCUCGAGUCGAAAACAUUAUUACCACAAUGCGUUCUAGUCCAUCGUCUCAUCAGUCGCACUUGCAAGUUAAUGGAUGUAAGAAACGAAAACUAUAUCAACCGCAACAACAUGCAAUGGAACGAUAUGUGGCUGCUGCUGCGGGUUUGAAUUUUGGUUUGAACUUACAAAGUAUGAUGUUGGAUGAAGAAGCAUCCAAUGAAAUGGAAUCACCCCAAAUUCAGCAAAAGCGUGUGGAGAAAAAUGCACUGAAGUCACAGUUGCGUUCAAUGCAGGAGCAACUGGCUGAAAUGCAGCAAAAGUAUGUGCAAUUAUGUUCAAGAAUGGAGCAAGAAUCAGAAUGUCAGGACAUUGAUGAUACCGCAAGUGAUAGUAUGGAACAGGAUGACAAUGGAGGGGAUCUCUCACCAUCGCCAUCCCUGACCGGCGAAUCGGGUUUAAUUGAUAAAAUUCAAACGGACGGAGAACGACCGAGUUCUACUUCACCCAAUUUACCAAUAAAAUCUCGCAAGCACUUAACCUCACAAAAUUCCAUAGCCCUAGAUAACGCUCCAAAUGUGCUAUCACAAAUGAUGAGCAAAAUGAUGUCAUCGCGAUCACUCGUGGGGCAUCCACAUAUGCAGCAGUCAUUUAGCGGUCCAUUGCCUUUGCUGCAACAUAUGCCACAAAUGCAAGGUGACGCCGGAGCUGCCCAUUUGUCUCAUCCCGCCAUAAGUAAUGCUGCCGCUAUGUACCUGGGGCAACAGUUUCUCUUUGAGCAGGAAGCACGUAUGGCAAAGGAAGCUGCUGAGCAGCAAGAAAGACAACAACAACAACAGCAGCAACAACAGCAUCAACUACAGCAACAGCAACAACAACAGCAGCAGCAGGAGCAGGAGCAACAAAGGCGAUUUGAACAAGAGCAACAGCAACGUCGUAAGGAGGAGAAACAACAACAACAACAACAGCAGCAGCAGCAACAGGCCCAGCAACAAGCUGCACAACAACUUCAGCGCCAACAUCAGUUACAACAGUUGCAACAACAGCAUCUGGAGCAAACCACACCGACUGUCUCCAUAAACCAAACAACCCGCUCACAGCUACAUCACAAUCGGCUCAAUCAACGUCAUGCCAACCACUCCUCUCUCAAAUCAGAACUGUCAGAAAAAUUCAAUAUGUUGAGGUCCAGUUCUAAUUCGAUUAUGCGUAUGUCCGGAUCAGAUCUGGAAGGACUUGCUGAUGUAUUAAAAUCUGAAAUUACUACUUCACUCUCAGCAUUAGUUGACACGAUCGUUACACGAUUUGUUCAUCAACGUCGUCUAUUUAGCAAACAAUCGGAUUCAGUAGCUGCAGCUGCUGAACAACUUAACAAGGACUUGCUUAUGGCAUCCCAAAUACUCGAUCGCAAGUCGCCACGUACUAAAGUUGCAGAUCGUUCUCAUUCAAAUGCCAUCAUCAACAAUAAUUCAAAUAUUCCUAAUUCAGCGGCAGGACAGCCUGUUGUCAGCGGAAAUACUGUGAAUGCUUCAUCAGUCCAAUCAGGUAAUAAUGGUUCUCUUCUCCUAGUUAAUAAUACCUCCUCAACUAACCAAUUAAGUAAUGGUCCAAACGGUAAUGUGUCCACAAAUCACCUUGGUCACUUGCAGUCCACUGUAAGUAACGGCCCUCAAAUGCAUGUUGGACCUGGGCCCGCAGUAUCAGUAGGCGGUGUGACGAUUCCCCAACACCCGCUUACAAAUAGCCAAGCAAACGUCAUGGCGUCCUCAAGUGGGCAGACAAAUGCGCAACAUGCGCAGCAAAUAGCGCAAAUGUCAGCGUUGAAUGCGGCAAAUUGUCAAAGCCUCAUCGCCGCCCCACGUCUAAAUGGCAAUCAGUUGUCGUUUCCGUCGCCGGCUGCGGCAGCAGCUGCGGCAAUGGGCCUGCAAAUGCAUCAUGCAGCAGCCGCAGCUGCAAUGACCGCAGCUGCUGCUAAUCAGCAAAAUCAUAAUCAACAGAUCACAAACGAUAAUUCUGGUCAAAGCCCAAUGAAUCAGAGUAUCAACAUGAACUCGAAUCCAAAUACAAAUAAUACUAACAAUAGUUUAAGUACGAUUAAUAUUCCACCUCCUCAUAUACGUCCUUCGCCCACAGCGGCAGCAAUAUUUCAGGCACCAAAGACACCACAGGGAAUGAAUCCGGUCGCUGCUGCUGCACUCUACAAUUCUAUGACCACCGGCGGCUCUAACCAAAUGAACCCCUUCUGCAUGCCAGAGGCUCGUGAUGUACAGCAGCAGCAGCAGCAGCAACAGCAACAGCAACAACAACAGCAGCAGCAACAACAACAACAGCAGCAGCAACAGCAGCAACAACAGCUAGAGCAAAACGAGGCCCUCAGCUUGGUUGUAACGCCAAAGAAGAAGCGACAUAAGGUGACAGACACCCGAAUAACACCACGGACAGUCAGUCGCAUACUUGCCCAGGAUGGCGUUGUACCUCCGAAUUCAGUAACUGCCAACAGCAUGUUAGACGGCGGCAGCAAGUUCGUUCCCAUGGUUGGUCAACCCAACCAACAACAACAGCCCAAUACGAACCAAACGAAUUGUAAUGCGCCAAUCGUUGGCAGCAAUAGUGCCAACGUCACGCCAGUCAACGUGAAUACUACCGGCAGUAUCGGCAAUAUCGGCAAUAAUAAUACGACGCCUGCACAAAGUCCUUCACCACGUGCUCAAGCGCCCACCUAUCAUCCGCCGCCACCACCACCACCCAUGUUGCCCGUGUCGUUGCCUACUUCUGUGGCAAUUCCCAAUCCAUCGUUGCACGAGUCGCAAGUCUUCUCACCCUACAGUCCAUUCUUCAAUCCUCACCCGCCGCAUGCGCCGCCACCACCCCCGCAUGGUCCACACAGUGGUGCUCACAACACGCCAACAGCUGCCCAAAUGCACCACAUGAAGAUGUCAUCCAGCCCACCUGGCCUUGGCGGUCUAAUAGACUCGCGCGAAUCACCGCCACUGCCUCAUCCGCCCUCCAUGCUGCAUCCUGCCCUAUUAGCUGCUGCCCACCAUGGCGGCUCUCCCGACUACAGCGCGCAUCUACGUGCAGCCAUGGAUGCACAAGACCGCAAUUCGGACUGUAAUUCCGCUGAUAUGCAGUUUGAUGGAAUGCAGCCUACAAUAUCAUUCCUGAAGCAGCAAAUGAUCAAAAAUAGCGACUCCUUGACUCCGCUGCACUCGUCAACACUAACACCAAUGCACCUGCGCAAGGCGAAGUUGAUGUUCUUCUGGGUCCGCUACCCCAGUUCAGCAGUACUGAAGAUGUACUUCCCAGAUAUCAAAUUCAACAAGAACAAUACAGCACAAUUGGUGAAAUGGUUCUCGAAUUUCCGAGAAUUCUACUAUAUCCAAAUGGAGAAGUACGCGCGCCAGGCGGUUACUGAGGGUGUCAAGUGCGCCGAUGAGCUUCAUGUUGGCGGGGACAGUGAGUUGUAUCGUGUUCUAAACUUACAUUACAACCGCAACAAUCACAUUGAGGUACCGCAAAACUUCCGCUUUGUGAUAGAACAAACGCUGCGCGAAUUCUUUCGCGCCAUUCAGGGUGGCAAAGACACCGAACAAUCGUGGAAGAAGGCAAUCUAUAAAGUCAUAUCUCGCAUGGACGAUGCAGUGCCCGAAUAUUUCAAAUCUCCUAAUUUUUUGGAACAAUUGGAAUAAGAGGAAAGUGAACGCAAUCGCGUUAUUCACAUGCUUCGCACAAAUUUAAAACGCAAAUCCAAAUCAAAUAAAUCUUCGAAAGUUUUAACGACAGGAAUCACUACAACAACAGCGCUUGCAACAGCAGCUGCAGCAACUGUGCAUGCAACAACCGAACCAAUGACAACGUUUGCAACAAACGCAGUUACAGUUACGCCAACUAAUGCCUCAGCAAGUGUAACCAGCAUAGCUGCAGGCACAGCAUACCAACAAAAUUUGACGAAUAUAAAUUAAGUUCAACCUAUCAGUUUUGAUUUCCCACCCUAAUUAUAAAUAUUUUUAUAUGGAAUACGAGAACUACUGCGCGAAAUUUUAACAUGACGAUAAUUUAGAAACCACUAACACACUAAGUAUUAAAAUUGACGACGAAACUAAUCGAUACUAUACGAGUGCGUUUAGGCUUUUAAGGAAUACGAAACAAGUAUGUUAUAUUCAUAUAAUGAUGUUGGAGAAGUAAUGCCAUUCCAAUUGAAACGUAAAAUAUAUGAAAGGUGUGCCCGAACCAGGUAAUAAUGAAAUUUCGAACGAACAAAUUUUGACGAAUAUAACAAAAAUAUUUCGACAAUACGAUGAAGGUAAUUUAACAAAAUGCUGCAAGCAAAUCCUAAAGUAGACUUCGCAAAUAUUUAUUAUUUUCUUAACUCUCGAAUUCAUUCUCGCAACGCGAAUUGCGUUCACAAAAGUAAAAUAGGCAAAAUAAGAGAUUCAUAAAAGCAAACGAAAGAUCCUAAUUGUUAACGAUUGUUGGGUAUUUUGCAAAUCACUUCGGCAUGAUGAGCAACAAGAAAUUCCAGCUUUAUUUUAUUACCAAACAUUGAAAACACAAUUCUUUAACGACACAUUCACGUUCUUCACUUCGAAGAAUGGAACUACAACUUUAGCAAUAGAAGAAUACACACGCCUCCCAAUACAUACAUAUGUACAUAUGUAAGUGUGCAUACGAGUAUGCAUUACUUUCUACACUUGCAUAAACCUAUUAACAUAUACAUUUAUAGAAAAACAAUUGCCUUAUGUGAUGUAAAUCGGGUAUUGAGGACCACUGAGAUCAUUCUUAAAUAGACACCACAAAAAUCAAAACAGAAAACGCACACAUAUAUCUACAAUAUUUAUUUACAUCAGCUAUAACCACAAUAGUGUAAACUGCAACUGCUAGAAAGGGCCAAGAUAUGAAUUCGGACCACAACUUACUGCGUAAUUCUGAGAUUUAUAUCAAUUUUACCAUUAAAUAUAUUGUUAUUAAGUUUUGUUUGCAAGUCAUGUUGCAAAAUACACACUAAUAUACAUCCAGUUAAUACGCAUAUAUACAUGCUUGUAUAUGAACCGACAUAUACACACUAUGCCUAUGGUAGGCAACAUUGAUAAUUUAAUAGCAUAUACAUAUGUACAUACAUACCUACAUUGGUAAUAAAAUAUAUAGCAGUAGUAUUUAUUAGCAUUACCAGCCAGAGCCAAUACUAUUAACUCGAAAAAUCGCAGGAAAUGUACCUAACCACAGUUCACUGGGAAACACCGAGCGAGUUGAGACCAUGUUCAUUUCCAGUAGUUCAUUUCACUUACACGUACAUUUUCAUUUACUGAUUGCGCCUAUUUGCUACUAGGAAAACUGGUGCUUGCAAAGAGCAUACACAAACACAACAAUUUAAACAUAUUAAUCUCCACCUGCUUACGCUCCGAAAUGUUUAUAUGUAUGUGCAUGCUAUGUUAGUGUAUCAGUGUGUGAAAAGCAAUUGGUUGAAGACUCUUCUUCAAAUUGACGCCGACUUUUUACAAUAUUCACAAUAUUAUUGUAAAGGCCUUUCUUGUAAAAAGCACUACAAUUUUCAAGUGUUUUAAUAGAAGUGAUUCUAAAACACGCUCUCUCAUUAAUGUAACAGCACAUUGUUUUCUACAAGAAAGGCCUUUUAUUCGAUAUCAUUUUUGCGACUUGUGCUAUUGUUGUUUAAUUUUUUAUUAAAUUUUCCACCAAUACUGACACCUGGACUCACAAUUACUAUAUUUUAAUUGCUAAUAUAUAAUAGGGCAUCACAUUGUACACGUUUACACUAGUCUUUUCUUUAUUUUAAACUAGUUAAUACGAAGUAAUUAAAUUUAAGUUGAAUGCACUUUUUAUUAUUUAAAAUAUUUAAGCUGUACAUACCUAAUUAUAGGGUUUCUUAAUUAUUAAGUUUUCAAAGAUUUGCCUUUAAUUUAGCAAGCAUUAUAUUGUAUAAACUAUAAUAUUAUUUAUUCAUUUAAACCAAAUAUAUGUAACGUAAAUUGAUUUCGUGUGUGUUCUGUUAUUUUGCAUUUUAAUUUAUUUGCUUUAAACCAAUUAAAACUACACUGGGUAUAAUCGGUAAAAUAAAAAUAGGACUGACUACUGGAUGGCGGAUGAGCGAUCUAAAUUAUAUUGGUAUUUAUUACCUUUCAAGUAGGUUACGUUACAUUCAGAGGUCGAUUCAGUUUCGGCUUUAUCUUCUGGUCCGCCGAAGGUAAGACUGACGGUGUUUCUACCUCAGUCUUGAAAAGGGUGGAUAAUGGAGAAGAAAGUACAGGGAUGCUCCCAUCAAACCCUCCUCCAUACAACAUGCGUCCGUAUGAAUACAUAUUGGACAAUGUCAAGUAAGAACCCAUAUUAUAGCGGCAAGAUGAACUUUGCUAAGAACAAGUAGUUCAGUAGAUCUCCUGUGUUCUAUUUUAGGCCUUUUUAGCAACUUACGUCCAACUGUUAAGUACCGAUCUAGGCUUUCAAUAAACCUCAGUAUACUUUGACGUGAAAAUAAAGUAAAGGCGGUUUAAACUUCGAAAGUUUUGCCUUCGUCGAGUUAAGACUCACACCUCAAAUAAGAGCUCAUCCAAAUGAAAAUAUGUAUAUAGUACAAUUUAUUUAUUAUCUAUCCACAUCUGCAGAAAAGCAGAAAUACCGACUAGAAAACAGUUUCUUUGACAAGAUAAGCUUACGGGCCUAGUGUUAAGAUACCGCAAAGAGAUCAGGAAAGAAAUUCUACAACUAAAAAUAAAAAAAAUUUGUCGUUGUUUUACAAUACAAUAUUGAUUUUUUUUCGAAAGUUUAAGAAUUUUUAAACCAUAUGAAACGUUUACUUAUUUAUUUAUAAUCAACCGUUUCUUUACAAUUGUCUUCGUUCUAAUAAGUGUUUGAGUUUUUAUGUUCAUAUGUGCGGGUAUUGUAAAAUCGUCGGGUCACACUAAUGCGUAUACACCGCUGCCAACAAAAGUAGAGUUUAAAACAAAGGGCGAAAAUGAAAGCAAGGGUAUUUUUAAUUGAUAAUUGCCAUAUUUUGCGAAGGAAUGUAAAGGUCACAUAAAUAUUUUGGGCACGUGGUAAGUUUCCUUGUAUGUAAAAGAAUUUUUGUACAAGUAUUCAAACGUUUUAAAAAAUUUAAUUCGGAAAAUAAUUAUAUAAUUAUGUAAUGUUUUUGAUUUAUCAUUUAUUUGUAUGCUAAGUUUGAGUAAUUUAAUGAUAAAAAUAAUAAUUUUUAGAUUGUUUUAUGCAGCUGCAGUGACAAAUUUCGAAUCUCAAUCGUUAUUGUUAAUGCCUUUACUAAAUUUAUGACAAAAAUAAAGUGAAAUAUGUUUCUUUGGCUUAAAAUGUAAUUAUAAAGAAAAAACUACAAAUGUAACUGAUUUUGUGAUAAAAAUUCGAGGAGAACUCAUUAUUAUUUCGGAACAAACCAAUAUAGGCGCCUAACAGAGUUAUUUUGAAUUACGACUCCCAGGCGUUUAUACAAAAUUCUUUUGUAAAAAAUAGUUAAUUGAAAUUUGGAAAACACUAUGUUAAAAAAUAAUAAGAAACACUUUUAGGAAAUUUUAAGGCAUUUUAACAAUAAACGUCAAGGAGACAAAAGAAAAGAAAGUAAAUUAUAACUCAUAUAAUGUUUGGAUGAAACUUUAGGCAAAAUUUAUAUACGAUAUUAUUUGAAAAUUUGACAAAAUAUCGAAAAUUCCUAAAUUCAAAAUUACUGCAAAUAAUAAUGCAUUAGAAUAAAAAUAUGUACUCAAGUUAAUUUAGAUCUUUAGUUAAUUUAUUUCUCGCUAAACUUUAAGUUGUUGAAUUGAUUUAAAUAUUUUUGAGAAAUAUAUGUAAACUUUAGUAUUUAGAACGAAAUCAAUAAGAACCAUAAAUUUCGAACAUAUUACUGGCAGACAAAAGUAAAAAAAAGUAUUUUAGUAUGCUGCAAGAGAAUUAAUUCAUUAAAUAAAUCGUAACCUAAUAGCAGUACAAACGUGAGUACGCGCAUUCAUACAUACAUACAAACAAAUAAUGCUACAAUAAGAACAAUAUUUGGUGAGAUUGAAGCCCAAGCGACUCCGAAGACAUUUGGGAGAAACUGUGGCAGCUACAAUCAUUAGAACAACAACAUCAACAACAAGAAACAAGCUUACACUUACCAAAAUGAAACAUACAUACAUAGUUUACCUAAAGUUUUAAGUUACUUAACUAAAUUACGAUUACUACAUAAGUUAAAAAUAAAAGCAAACGGCAGAAGAACUAAAUGAGAGAAAAACAAAAACAAGAAUAAAAACAAUACAACAAUAAAUACAAAAAUACAUAAACAACAAAAUUUGGCUAUUUUCUUUGGUUUUUCUAUUAUGUUUCGAAAUUAUUCUUCCAAGUGAACACACCAACAAAGCACACCUAUGUAAUUACUUCGAUGUAUUUGCGGCCAUUGGAUCUGCCGAGGUCUGAAAUAUACGGUAUGACAGCAACAGCGCAAUCUGCAUUUCAAUUAAAAUUUUCUAAUUAUUGGCGAAUGCAAUAAUUAGUUACUCUUGGAGAAUUCACAGGUACUGUUUAAAGUAUGGAUCGAUAAUUUCACAAAAUUUUUAAAUUUAGGCAUUUUUUAAAUUAUGCAUUAUUCAGUUUUUUCAAGAUAUCCUCAAUUAAUAAUUAGAGUUGCCGUCAUUAUCUUUAAAAGCAAACAACUAAAAAUAUUGGCAUCGUUGGGUAAAACAUCUUUAAUAAUUCAAAAUUCUUUAAGUUUUCUAUGAAACAAUUUUGAUAAUUCAAAAAUCGCGAGCAUUAAACUUAUUGCUGAGAAGUUCUAAUAGCAGGGUUCUAUUUUGAGAUGUUCUUAGGAGAACCCAAAGUAUUCUUUACGCGACAUAUGUGUAGACGGCUUUAGUCAAUGCUGUACACAUAAAUAUGUAAAUAAAAUAGCCUAUCAAUAUUUAAAAUAAUUUAAAGGCAACUCACCGGCUGAAAUAAGCAGCUGAGUUUCAAAAUAAUUUUUUUUUUUUGAACAAAAAACCGUUUGGCUAAAUUUGGAAUUUGAGUUUGUAAUAUUUUGGUAAUAUCCGUUUUGUAUUCAAUGGAAAAGAAUGGCUUACAAUAACGAUCUAAAUUAGUGUUCUUUGAAACAUUUUCAUGUUUCACAUUUAUAGCAAUGCAGUUUACACUUUGAAAGAUGAUCAUCCAUAACAAUUAUACUCAAACCAAACACAAAUAUUUUAACACAAGGAGUUUAUUAAAAUACCAAACUUCAGAAAACAAAGUUUAUUUGAAUUAAAAAUUUUCGAAAACUUAUUUCUUUGGGCAACAACAACCAAACAUAUUUAGUCCAAAAAUUUUAACCGGAAUGUACAGUAAGCCUGCACUUAAGCAGAGAUCACUAUCGGAGCAGAAUCCGAUACACGAUAAACUAUCAAGAUCUGUGAAGAAUCAUCACGAAGAAAAUUUGCCACAGAUGACAAAAACAAAUCAGAGAAUUACAAAUAAACAACCAAUGCGGUCGUCAUAACCAAAAAACAGCAAAGCAAACACAAUAUUUACGAAACUAACAAUUUACAGAGACGAUGUAAAAUCCAAAAACCAAAAAUGAAGAGAAACCAUUAGCUACAAACAUAGCAUUCAGUAUACAUAAUCGUACAUACACUCACAACUACAAUAUUUAAUAUAUGCAAUACAUAAUUGGAUACUUUGUACAUAAAAAAUAAUAGAAAAAAAAAUUAAAAAAAAAUAAAUAAAUAAUUGAAAAAGAUAUAAGCAACCUGAAAAGUCGGGAAUAAUAACGAUAUAAAAAGCCUAGUAUGAAAACUCUUUUAACUAGAAGCGAUGACAGAGUACUUAAACAAGCAAUGCGGUACUGUAUUAGCCACAUUUUUAUAUAAAGUGAAAUCACCCCACAUCCAUCCAUACGCUCCUUAAUAUCCCCUACAAUAUCCCGCAAUGCUCCACUCAAAAUAAUUACAACUAACCAUUUAAUGCCGUAAAUUUAGUAAUUAGUAAAUUAAAAUGAUAAGCAAAUUAUUAACUCUAAACAGGAAACAAAAACCAAAACACAAAGGAAAAUACUCCGUUGGCAUUGUUAAUUGUGCAACACAAACAGUUUCAAGGUGUUUCAACCAUUUUUGGAAAACUACAAGCAGUGCAUAUAUGGUAUAUCAUGUAAUUGAGAACUGUCAGUUAUAUGAGAGCAAACCAAAAACGAACGGUUCUCCAGUUUUGGCAAUACAAACAGUUUCGAUUACAAAAAUGCUACGCGAAUAAACACACAUAAGAGUUUAUGAAAAAUUUAUGCAUUAAAAUAAUAAGUAUACUUUUGCUAUUUAUUUUGACGUUCAACAUCCUGAGUUAGAAAAAAUCUGAUCACAUGAAGCGAUAAGUAAAAAGUAAAGUAUAAAAACAAACAAAUUCAAAACCAAAAAAAAUUAAUAAACCAAUAUACAAAGAAAGAGUCUCGUUGUCUAAAAAAGUAAAAUAAAACUAAUUGCGUUUUUUUAGUAGCAAACGCGAUUCGAUUCGAAAUUGUAAAACUUUGGCGAAACCACAAACACUUUUGUAUAGCAGGGAAAGUAAUCGAAAUUUAAAUGAUAAAGCGUGUGGAAUUUUUAUCACUUAUUUGGCAAGAGUAAAAAAGCAAAAUAUUCUUGGAGCAUAGCAAAAAGAAACCAAGAAACAAAUUUGAAAAAGAAAUCCAUUGAACCCUCAGAGAGGGUUAAUCUUCUGUUCAACACGCAAUAGAGAGACGCAGUGUAUCCAGGAAUAACCCACUGUGUGCUCAACCAGAAUAAGUUUUGAAAAAAAUUUAUGUAUACAAAUCCUAUUUUUUGGCGUGCGUUGCACUGGUCCAACAUUGCGCAUCCUUUUUUUAACAUUAAUUUCAUUUAUUCAACAAACAUUUUUGAUUUCAACAGUUACAAAUUAAUAAAAAUAUAGUAAACCAUAUAUAACUAUAAAUUAUCAAAAUUGAAAAAGCGCUAUGUGCCAGUUAUCACUGGAUUUUUGCUUUACUUUUCAGCUUUCACUUUACUCUUCUAGAAAAUUUGUCAACUAAUGUUUACGGUUACAAGUUAAGAGUCUUUAGAUUCUUUCUUCUAAAUUAAUUAACAAAAUAUUAUAUUUAAUUCAUCUAAACCGUUUUCUAUCCAAUAGAGUUGUAUUUAUUUGAAAUACUCUGUUAUGAAAACUAAUGUAUAUUCAGAGAUUUCUCUUAAAAUCCAGAAUGUCUGCACUAGCGCCAUUUAAAUUAUGGAAAAUAAUGUUUCGGCUGUAAAAAUUCGAAAUUCAAUUGAUAUUCAUAUAACACGAAAUGAGAAAAUAAAAAGUUGCAUAAAAGCACCAAAAAAAGAGCAAAACCACGCCAAGAUUAACAAGACAACUAGUAGUAACGACAACAACAGAAAAAUGAAAAUAAUGAAAAAGAACUGCUACACUUAAGUCGUUGAAUUUGAAGAUUAAAAGCGUAAAACCAUACUUGCAACCAUUCAACAGUUGCAAAAUAUACAAAAGCUAACAAUAACAUAUAAAUAAUUUUCAGAAUUUAGUUUAAGACAACAACAAUAGCCCAGGGGAACAUUCACAACUCGAAUGUGAUAUUUUUAAUUUUCUCAACAAAAUGUUUAACAUACAUAUUUACAAACAGAAAAACAAUGUUUAUGCAACUUAGAAACAAAGCUCCAUAUUCAUAUGUUUAAUUUAAUAUAACAACUCGAAACAAGUUGAUGACAAUACGAAGUAACCAAUUGGAACUUAAACACUGCACACCUCCACCGAACCAAAGGUUUGGUUGACGGAGACCACGUGCACUCAUAUCAAGCUCUUAAUUUCACUGUUACUCCAUCCUCAUUUCGUGUUUUGUAAUAGAUGUGGUUAAAGAUCAACAUAGAAACAAGUAUAUUAAAUAGUAAACAUUUCCUAUACAAAAAAAAUUAAAAAUAAAACAAAAAAAUUAAAGAAAUAUUAAUAGACUUAAACAAACGAACUGUGGACUUGGAUCUUGGAUCCGGGGCCAUGGGAAUACUGUGCCAUUUUAGUUGCAAUAGUGAAAAAUGUCGUACAGUGGGACUGUUUGGGGGCUUUUCCUUGGACGCCAUUGGCGGCAUUUCAAAACCGGAAUAAUUUAUAGUACAAUUUUAAAAAUACCAACAUAAAGUUUUAUAAAGCAAUUUAUAUUUUUAUACUAAACGAACAAAUAGCAUUGAAAUACAGUAAAGAAAAAUGAAGUAGAAAGAUUAUACGAAUGCCCACGAAGCGGGGAAAUGAAGCUAAGAUGUGAUUGGAGGGAGUUAGCCAUGAAUAACUUAAUACAAAAUAAUAACUAAUAAAUAUCAUAAUAUAUGCAUGCAACACUAAAAAAUAUUCUUAUUUUCAGAUUAACUUUUUCAGUUUUUUUAAACAACAACCAAUUUAUUCUCAUUUGAUUUAUUGCUCUUUGAAAGGGCAUAAAGAAACAUGAAAACUCUGCGACAACGAAAACUGAAUUAUGAGGAUUAUGAAGAAAGCUCAGAAAUGAGCAAAAUAGAAAACAUUGGAAUGCCGAAUAAUAUCGGCAAGAAGGUCUACUUCCUUCGUGAUCAGUUUUCGCGCCGUAUGCUGCAUCUAACAGCAUGAAAUACAUAAAAUAACAAUAAAAACAAAAAAUUAGCUACAAUAAGACCAACUUCAACAUCAGCAUAAAAUAAGUGAUAAAAGCGCUGUUUAUUUAAUAUAUUUAAAAAAAUUCGAUUUUAUUUGAACAAUUUCACAAUUGAUCAAUAAUUGGCAGACAUGUGUACUACAAAGCAGUUGCGUGACAAAGCUGGCAAUUUUUCGUAUCAACUCACCGUUAGUGUCUUGAGAUGGUUAAAGCAACAAACAAAUAUAAUUUCCAUUAAAAAAGUUGUCAAAAAAUUUUAAUACAACGACAACGCUGCAAACAUUUUGAACGAAUAUUUAGUUUUCCUUUCAUUUAAAUAUAUACUUAACUUACUUACAUAUAUACAGAUAUAAAAGAUUUGAUUCAAUGCUAUGGCAGUCUCGGGGGUAGGUAGAAUACAAUGACUUACUGGCCAUACAGUGGGCAAGCGUAAACAGCAAAGUUGCAACAAUUUUUUGGUUUACACAAACAAAUGAAAUAGCAAUAAACUGAUGAGAAUAAUAAUACGUAAAUUAAGCAAUGCAAUAGCCCAGUGACUUAGAUAUAAUUUUUAUAAGCAAGUGCACUUUAGACCACUCAACAAAGCUGUCGACAGUCUAGGUGCACUACAACAGGUACAAACUACAUAAACCAAAUAAAUUGGCAAUAAUAAAUUUUUUUCCAUGCGAAUCUUUUGCUGUCCUUACGAAUUGCCACAGCUCUUGGCCAGCAAGUCUGUAUGUACAUAUGUACAAGAAGUAUAUGAAUAUACCCCCUUAGAAUAUACAUAAACAGGAGCACUCAACAAAUGCUUGACGAUCGCCAUAGCCAACAAAAACAAAUACCGCAAUAGUACAAUCACAAUGUAUUUAUAGUAAAAAGAAAGUAAAAUAAUAGAAAUAUAUAAACACAACAAUAGCCCAGUGAAGUUUUUAAUACACAAGCAUUUUCAGUUCAGUUGCUGCCACAUACACUUACAACAUAGUGGGCGUUACAAAAAAUUGUCAGAGCGAGAGUAAAAUUUUAAAAUCCAAGAGUACAGGAUUUGCCAAAUAUAAUUGGUUAAAUCUUCAGAAGCAAAAGAAAAACGCAAUAGCGCAGGAAUCUGCAACAACAAAAUGUACGACAAAAAAUUCGUGUAAAAAGAAAGUUUAAGAUCGGAAAAAACAGUAGCCGAAUAUUAGAAUAAAUCGAUAAAUAUGUUUUCUAUUGACAAAUUUCUUUUUCGUUUAAUCGAUAAUAAUAGAAGAAUCAUGCCAAAAGCUUAACACAUUUCUUAAGAUGUAACUUAACAAAUUGUGUGAAAUGAAUGAUAAAAACACAUUAUCUACAUAUAUAUUAUAUACAGAGACUGCAAACAAAUGUGAUCAGAUAUUUUAAUAGUUUAUGUAUAAAAACGGAAUAAAUAAAGAAACAUACUAAAGAAGAAAAUAACACGAAGUGAAAUAUAUAAUAAAUAAAUUAGCAUAACACACAAUGUACACUUCUACGUACAAACAUAUAUAUUGAAAUAGAAAAUGUUCAUUCUAAACUACCAACAACAAAAUCAAAAUCUAAUGUAUUGCAACAAAUAGAUGAACAGCAAUUUAUGUGAGUACAUACAUAUAAACUAAGCCAAUAUUAACACAUAAGUGAGCCAAUUGCAAACGUUUUGCUUAUAUUUUACAAUAGCAUAUCAUAGAGUUAGCGCUCCUUCAUAGCCUACCCGAAGGCGCAAAAACGUACGGGUAGGCUGAGCGCGAGUUUUACCAAUUCAUUUUACAAUAGCUAACGGUUUAUGGUAUGAUUGAGAGGAACUGCGGAUGCCAGAGGCAUCGAAGUCAUACCAUUACCACAAGGGAACCAAGGUGACUGAAGCUGGCUGUGUAGCACCCUUGAUACUUGUACCAUAGCGGGCGACCUAUGCCAGCAAAUCAGUCGAAGUUACAACAACCAUAUUAGUUUCAAAUAUAUUUGAGUUGUAUUAAUACAAUAACAAAUCUUUAUGUUAGAAACGUCAAUACAAUCGUUUUUCUUUAUGUUAAAACCAGACCAAACCCGAAAACUACGUUAAUAUUGAAAUGAGUUUCAACACAUAUAGGAAGUUCAUUAAGUGCUGGGAGCUCACUAGAGCAUUUCGCAUCAACGAUUUGCACACGUAUGGGUGCAUGUAAGUCAAGCUUACACUUCAAGUUUAAACUGGCUCUCAUUCUACCGUGACAGAUGUCUGAGCUUUCAAUAAUUAAAUGUCAGUACCAGGACUUUCUAUAUGCGAUGAAAGAAAGAUGAACAAACAAUCCAACUGUAAAUCAAGGUAAUUCAAAAAGAAGGAGUCAUACAGUUAUUUUUUUCUUUAUAUAUUAUGAUUUUGCAAGUAUUAUAAGUUCAAACAACAAACACAUUGGCCCUUAAGAUUUUUUGUUUGAAAAAGAAGAACGUUAUAAACACAAAAUAAUCAAUUAAUUAUUUCCAACAAUAGUGCCGAAAUAUUUCUACAAAGAAUAUUAUUAUGAAAUAAGCAUUUAAUAAGGUUAAUGUGUAGUUAAAGAAAUUAACAACAUAAAUGCAAUGUAAGAGUUUAAGACAAGCUAAUUAAACAAGAACUUAAUUAAAAUAAAUGAAAAAAAAAACAAAAAACAAAAUAGAAAAACUAUUAAAAACCCUAAAAAGCAAAGCUGAAAAUGCUGCAUGCAACUGAACAUUGAACAUUUUGAAACUGUUUGUUUGCGAAUUUCAGAAAAAGGAGUAAAUCUUCCAAAAAUUAUUAAUGCAAUAAGUGAAACAUUAAAUAUACAGUCAUUUGAACAUAAACAGACACCAGAUAACACAACCAUAUAUAACAAUAUUCUUACUAGGUACGUAGGUAAAGUAAGUAUGUAUACUUAAUAUAUUAUUGCUUGCCAUAUAAACAGUAGCUGAUAUUCAAAAUUUAACAAAUUGAGAGAAAUACGAAUUUUUAAGCGAAAUAACUAAAAAGCUAUGCCAAUUAGUAUUACUUACAGCAAAUUAUUACUGUUAUCCAAUAUUUUAUAUAUGUUAUCUUGGCAAAUAUUAAAUCUUUAGUUUAAAACUUAAUGCAUUAAAACCUUAGUAGAAUAUUUUAUUCAACUUUAUAUAUAAAAUCAAAUUAUUAUCCAACUGCUUGUGUUUCAAGAUCAGGCGUAUAUGAAAAUCUUUUAUUUCACUUAAAAGCUUGGGCUACAAGUGAAAUUCCAAAUCAGCACAUACUCUCUCUCAAUUUGCAAUCAAUGAAAAAUAAGCUCAUUCCUACAUUAACUCAUAUUUCAUAAGACAACAGAAAACAUAUAUCAAAAUAAUAGAUUCGUUUAUAAGCUAAACGCAUUGGCAAGGCAAUGUAAUACAUAAAAAUAUAACCAACCGACAGGACAAAAAUACAGCGAUGGUUGCCCAAAGAGAAGCGAACAGCAAACAGUGAACCACAAUGACAUUGGAUUAAGUUCAGCACACCCAAUUACUAAAAAUAUCAAAACACAUACAAAACAACAACAGAAAACAGAAAUAAAUACUUACUAAAUCCGAUAUGAUUCCUUCCCUCAAUAAAAUCGUAUAUAUUCAAUAAAAAAUCAAAUAUACAGUAUUAAAGGCAUCAGUGAAAUCAUAACAAGACCAUGUAGCGAAAAAUAAUCGUCACGCUACGAAUACACCACAUAUUACAUACAUAUAGAACUUAUGUUUUGAACAACAGUUAUUAUUUGGCUUUUAUAAAGAAACAUAUAAACACAUUUAAUGCGAAAAAUCAUUAAAUCAAAUCGUUUCUCAAUCAAAAGAAUUAUCAUGCUGGCGUCGGGUCGUCAUUUCAAAGUAUGAUUAAAGGCAUGUGAAAUCUUCGCGAAGUACACACGACAUGCGUAGUUAAUGAAAAUAAUACAGUAGUGUCGGUAUUUAGCAAUCACCAACACAAAAUAUCAUAGUUUAUGGACUUCAAAUAUGGAUGUCGUUCUGUGUAUGUAUCAGAAUUCAAAGCAAACACUUACUUGUUGUAUAACUCCUGAUAAGAGAUUUCUCUAGCAUUUUUACAUUAAUACACAUACAACGAUUGAGGUAAUAAUAACUUUUAUUUGGAAAAUCGAAGUAUUUAUUAAAAUACCACACAAAUCAUAAAGAAAUAACCUAGAAUGCACGAAAUUACAUAUUUUGGCUAAAUGAAGUUAAAACACCAAGCAAUUCCAAUUUGACUGAACUGAAAAUUUAGUACAUACACAUACAUUGCCACUUAAUCUUCCGUAAUUUUCUAACUUCUAACUGACUAACAUAUGAUAUACAUAUUCAUAUAAUGUUUUAAAAUGUCGCUAAAAGUUUGCUAAGCAAUAUAAUGGAAUUAAUCAGUUCAUUGGACCGUAUGUCAUUCCAUUUUGAACCAUGUGAACACUUCCUAUGCACAGAAGAACAAGCACAUUGGUAUGUAUGUCUUUCAUUUUCAAUGGUUCUUUUUGGUUCUAGUCAAUCUGGAAUUGUGUGUAUUGAGUAUGUAAAUGUUUAAAUUUUUACGACUUAUCUAAGUAUGUUUUUAGACAUUAAUUUAUUUUUCUGUUUUUGUCAGUUUUUUUAUAAUUCCCUCAUGAAUUUCGUAUAAAUAUUAACACGAUUAAGAAGGCAUUGUACAUAUAUGUAUGUAUACAAUGUAUAAGUUUUGAUAAUAAAAAUUUCGGCUUGAAAUAAAGAUUUUGGCAUAAAUUCGUUAUAUUAGAUAGUUCAAGGAAAGAAGGAGAAAUUUAUGAUAAAAUAAGUAAUAUUAAUAUAAAAUUCCGUGGACUAAAACUAAAAUAUAAUAAAAAUAAAUAAACAGAAGUGGCUUCUGAACAAAUAAGUAAGAAAGAUGAACCAACUUUUGAUAACAAAAACGCAAUCCUGGACAUAACUUUGGCAAAUCUUUGUGAAAAAUGCGAACAUUUAGAAGUGAUGAAAACUCCCGGACUUAGCGAUAAAUAACAAAAACAUGGAACAAAAAAUGAGACAAAUCUGAAAUGAUUGAGAAAACGUAAGAGAUUACGUAAAUCUACCAGACCCCGGAUGUUCUUAACGGAUGUGAGAGCGCGACAUCUAUUGCUUAAGGGAGACGUUGGAGGGUGUAUACACAAAAAAAAAGAAACUAAAUGUAGUUGAACUAAUUUAAAUGAAUUAUAACCUAAAUUAACUUUAAUUGAUAUGUUUAGGUGUAAGAUGUAAAACUAGUAAGAAACACAAGAACUUUCGGUAAUGUUCCUAUAUAUUAUACGAGUAUAGAGAGUAUACAAUUAAAGGAAAUUGACAAUUUAGACGUACUUUUAGGCACUUUAGGUACAUUUUCGGACUUGAAUGUUGAAAAAAAUAAACAAAAACAAAAUAAAAUGAUACGAAAAAGAAAAAUAGAAAUUUACAAAAUUUUGAAGGAACAAAAAUAAGCAAAAGCUAUUUGAUACAAAAAAUAUAAAUUUGUAUUACAUCCUCUGGCGUACAGCUCCAACAUCUAAGAUUCUUCAGCUAAACAUGUCAACAGAACAUAUGUGUGUUUGACAUUGCAAAUCCAGCUAGUACUCGUUAAACAAAAAUCACAGAAAAUUUGUGAAAAUUUGCAAAAGUAAACAUUGAAAUAUUCAAUUGUAUAAUUUACAGGCAGAAUUUUUCAUAUUUUUUGAUUGACCACCAGCUUCAUUUCUGUUCGAAUCCCGUUGAUCGUAACAAAUCAAACGCAAAUACAGAUAUUUACUAAAAACUUUCACUUUACUUGACAUUACGGCGACGUUAAAAAUUAUUAAAUGUACUUUUAACAUGACAAACUUAGCGGAAGAGCGUAUAAUUGGAACUCGAUUUACUUAAUGUAGGAUCAAAAAUGGAUAUUACAACAAAUUCUGGAACUUAAAUUCAGGAAACCUCUCGGCCACCUUUGGAUAAUUCUCUCUCGGUGUAAGUCAAGGACAAAAAUAUUCAAAAACUAUAUUCAAAAAUUAUAACAAAAAAGCUAAAAUUAAAAUGAAAAGCAAAACCAAAAACCAAACUCAAAAAUUACUUAAAAAAUUACCAAAUUUUGGAAGUCAAAAUUUCGUAGAAACAAAAUUUGUGGAAAGCGCUGGAAAAAUUGAGAUGCAUUUUAUGGGCAAAUAUGAGAAACUAUGGAAAAAAUUUAAUAUAUCACGAAAAAAGUACAAGCUUAUUUUAAGCACCUUCGCGCCUUAUCUUUAAGAAACAAAAAUAAACGACAUAAACACUAAAAUUAAAAUAAAAACGAAAAAACCCAAAACACAUAAAUUAAAAGAAUAACAAAAGUGUAAAUUAUUGUGAACAAUCUAAAAAAAAAACAUUUUUUGAAUCCCAAAACGAACAAAAGUGGUUACAAGAAAUGAUAAUUAUUUCAAUUUAUUUACGGCACUCUGGUGAAGAAAAUUAAAGUUUCGAUGUUUGAAAAAUUUUUUGUUUGCGUUUUUAUAUCGAUUCGCAUUGACCAACGUGUUUAUAUGAAACACUUAAGAAUUCUCCCAAGUCUGUACCCUAAUUUUUCUCAUCCAACUAGAUUACUUCCAUUUCUGAAAACAAAUAUACCAUCUAAAUUAUCAAAACAGAACAUCUGCCUUAAAUUACAUUUUCCAUAAUUGGAAUCAAAACAGCAAAACAAUAUACAUAACUCAACAAAUAAAAAUAGCAGUCUGAAAUCAACAACAAUAAGGGCAUAACCGGAAGCAAACCAAAUCACUAGCAAUCGCAACGAUUCCAAACUGAAAACACAAUUCAAGUGAUCGACAAAAUUCAAACCAAUUAAUAUCAACAGUAAGCCAAAAUUAGCGAAAUCUCAACAAAAUUCAAAAGUUACCGUAAUCGCAAAAUUAUCAAAAAUAAAUAUAAUAGAAAUGAUGGAAAUAAAUCAAAAAAAGCAAACCAAGCAAUAAAUAAAUGACAACUUUUACCGGCGACUGAACCUUUCCACUCGAUAUUGAAAAGCAAGCCGAUCAGGUGAACUUGCUAGCCAAGAUGAUAAAGUAAAUCAGUAUUACAGUACAGGCAAUAAUGUCGCCGGUUAGCCGACGAAAGAUGUUUUCUUUAUUUACAAAAUUCAAAAUCAUAAUCAAAAUCGGUGAAGAAAAAUUCCACUACUAAAGCAGAUUUCAAAUAUGAAAAUAUUGCACAGUGCAUUUUAACCAAUAUGCUUACAUUUAUAAGUAUAUUACAUAGUUUGAUUUCCUCUAAGUUACAACGUUUUGAUAUUCAUUUGUUCAUUAUACUCCUAACUUUUAAUUUUGAUCACAGAUUUUUCAACGACAUCUACAUAACAAGAGCAAAAAUUAAGAGGUGUAUUCUAUGUUAUUACCAUAUAAGUAAACGUUAAAACAAAAGAGAAACUGAUAAAUUUAGAGGAGAAAUAAAAUUUAUAUAAACAUUGCUCAACGAUUCAAAAAGACAAACAAAAUUCUAAUAAUAUAAAACACUGCGAAAAAAGAUUAAUUAAGAAAAACAUAACAAAAAUCAACAAAAAAAAAUAUAAAUAUCUUGAAACGAUUUUGUUCAAUUGUAAUUAAAUAAAAAUCCUAUAUGUUGUGACAUCGUCUUGAAUGAUCUUUAGUUGACGCAUUCUUCAUUCACUAUGAUGAGUGAGAGGAGGUGAACGAAAGCUAAACAAAAAACAAUGAAAGUAAAAUAUUAGAGGGAUGUGUGCAUAUUAUGUUAGGAUAAAACAGAUAAGAAAAUACAAUUAAGGAAAAUUCAAUUUUAAGCCCGAAUUACUUGAACUUACUUUUUAAUUGUAUGUAAACACAGAAAUGUAGCAUUUAUGAUUAUUGUAUAACUGGAUAGGCAUAAAAUUAUACGCCUCUCUUUUUGGAUGAAUCGAAGAAGCUCAAUAAUAAUGCAAAUGUGCACAAUACGAUAUAAAAGCAAAACUUAUAAAGAUUACAUAAAACACAUCCAUAAAUCAAUAAAGACAAAACUAGUUUUAAUAUUAAUAUUAUUGGCUUUAUGAAAAAUAUACAUGCAUGCAUUUGUGCACACUAAAGCUAAACAGUCAAAAACAACAACAAUGACUUUAUAACCUAUAACUGUGUAUAACAAACCUACAUUUAACGUACAGAUUUAUGCAUAUACACCAAACUACAUACACACAUAAAUACAUACAUACAAACAUACUUACAUACUAUAAAUGCGUGUCACACAUAAAUACGUACUAUGUGUAUGGUAUGGUAUUAAGUAAGUAAAAGUAUAUAUGUAAUCUUGUAACACGUUUCAUAAGCAUACACACAUACGAGAUUGCAAAUCAAACAUACGUACAUACAUACAUAUAUGCAUUUACAUAUGUAAAUUUGUUCACACAUAAAUACAUACACCUAUAAUUAUGUCUAAUUUAAACAUAACGAAAUCUGUACUAUAUUAACCAAGUUCGAACAUUCUCCUGCUUUCCGAAACACAUCAGCUCUUCCCGUUGCUUACCGGCUGAUACUUAAUGUAUAUAUGUAUGUACAUACAUACCUCUAUGUAUUGUAGCCUAAACCGUUUAUGGCAAUACCAAACAAUGCAAAAUUCCACUUAUUAAUUAUACUAUAUAUACUAUAUAUAUAUACUAUAUAUUAUAUAUAAACUAUUGUAUGACGUACAUACUUAUAUAGUGAGGUUUCAUGCUCUCAUUCACAGUUUAUAAAAGUAAUUUACACAUGAUUUAAUAACCGGAUUUCCGUUUUUUAACGCCUUUAGCGCGGAUGUUUCUUCAGUUAUAUUAUUUACAGCACUACCAAAUGGGAGUUAGAAGUGUGGCUCCUAUUUACAAAUAUAAUAUGUUUAUUUAAUUUUUCAUAUUUUUCAACUUCAUAUUAACACCAGACGAGUUCUUUCAUUGGCGUCAGUUAACUUCCAGCGCUGAUUCUGAACAAAAGUCUCCACAAGGGAACUGAUUUGUUUGCUGAUUUCUGAAAUGAGACACUUUGAAGAACUCGAUCGAAAAAAUAAAUAAUAGUACAUUUAGCGCUCUAAUUCGAAGAAUUGAACGAUUCUCAAGGCAACAAAAUAACAAUAACUGGAUCUACAUUGAUAUAAACAACGUUAAGAGGCAAUAGCAUUGAUAUGGAAGGCGACACAAACCAAUUUAAACUAACCGGCAUCCGAUUUUUUGUUCAAAAUGCAAUUUUCGAAGUAGGCGGACAAUUUUAGAAUAAUAAGAACUGUUUCGACAAUACCUUUGGCAAAUUCAUUUGGAAUCACUUUGGGAUUUUCAUGAUUACUUUAAGCAAAUAUUGAACAACCACAACAACCACAAAAGCAUCCAACUUUACCAUGAGCAGCCAAAAUGAAACAUAAACAAAUCGCACAUGGGCCAAAUCGUCCGAUCAAAAGUGCCUUCAAAACAAAUACUUAAAAAACGUUGAUUUUUUAAUAAAAAUAACAAACAAAAAAACAGAAAAAUUUUAGAAAAAUUAAAAAAUUAAAUUAAAAACUAAAAACGAACUGAAUCGUAGAAAACGAAUGAAUGAUUAACUAAAACGGGCCCAAAAUAGACCAAAACAAAAAUCAAAAUCUUCAAUUGUCGGAAUUAGAGCGCUUUUUGUGUAUAUUUUGUUAACAACGAACGACCUACUUUAUUUCAAAUACUUCAAAAGUUAAAAAACGAAGUAAUAUGAACGAAGAUGAGUGUAUGGAACUCACACAUUGUGGAUCUCAACGCAAAGCGGCUUAAUUUAGACCCGAUCCCAAUUUUUAGUUACUCUACCAUUAUGUGGCAGCAAUCUCUACUAAAAAAACUAAACAAAACGUUAUUCAAAAACAUAAGCAAAAAUUAAAAAAAAAUAUAUAUAUAUUCUGAUAACAUACUCAGAGUAGAGUAUAAAUAAAUUAAUUAAAAAAUUUAAACAUUAAGAAAACUCCCUAGGCAUAAGCAUAUGAGAAUCUUUUAGGACUAAAUUAAUCAUGGGUAAGAUAUAAGUAUGUACAAGCGGGCGUUAAAUAAAUCAAAACUUGAGAUCAUAGGACGUGGUGGGAUAUAUUGAGGCUUUCAGUUGGGUCGAAAAUAAACAUAUUUAAACAAAAAAAAAACUCAUACAAAAGGGAUGUUAACUAAAUUGAAGCAAGGAGGAAUUUGGAUUGACGUCAAAAAACUAAUUAACAAUUUUAAUUAUAAGCAAUUAGAAAAAAAACUUUGAGAAAUCUUGUCUUAAGCACACCAGGCCCCGUCAAGAAUGACCAAUAAGGAUAAUUUUAUAAUACUAAGCGAAAAAAUUUGCUCCAAAACGUAACAUAAGGCAGAGUCUGAUGUGUUUCGUGAAAUUAGCGGCUGCGAAAAUUCCAUGAACAUUAAAACGUUUCAAAUGUAAAUCUUCAACAGAAUUGAAUGACUGAAAAUGAACAAGAGAAGAAUAAAACACACAGAUGGUAAAACACGGUUAAUCUUCUAUUACUAUUUUGUUAAUUAAUGCUAUUUUUAGAGUUUUGUACACACUUCAAAUUUUUUCAUAACAUUGAUUAUACAAUUGGUGGGAAAACAAUUUUCCAACAUACUAAAUGUGCAUUUUUAUCAUCACAAUUUUCAAAGCAGCUUUUGAAGCAGUAAUGCAACAUUUUUACAUUUAGGUUCGAAUUGCUCAUAUGUGUAACAUUAUUAAUUGAGAACUUUAUGUUUGAGCUCUUACAACAACAAGGAGGCAAUUAGUAAAUAAAAAAGUUAUUUAGUUAAACUGCAAUAGACCGGAAUUAUUUCCAUGAGAUAGUACAAACAAUUUAGGAUUAACGUUUAUAUACAUACAUAUAUAAAUCGCUUUAUACGUUAAUGAAAUAUACGAAAUACUAAGAGCUAUAAGCCAAAAAAAAAUAAAUGAAAUACACAGAAGAGUUGUUCCAGCAGAAAUUCACUCCGCGCAGUUCAUUUUCGCACGAACAACGCAUUAACCAGGAUAUUUUCUUAUAAAGCUAUUCACAAUUGGAGUCGAAUAUGUGAAAGGCUUUAAAAAAUUAUAUUUGUCAUUGAGUUGAAAUUGUUGAAUAUUGUUUACCAAGCUCAUGUGUAACCAGAAUUGAAUCAAACUAAUUUACAUUAUAAUGAAAUUUAAUGAAAAUUUUACAUAAACUUUAGUUUAAUAUUUUCAUACUGAUUAACUUCAAAAUACAAAUUUUUUAGUAAGAAAAUGAAUUCUUGGUUGCCAUGGAACUAGUUUAGUUUUAGUUCGGAUGCGCGUUCUUUGCAUCUUGAUUGAAUUGUAAAUGUUCAUUGUGGACACGAAAACACACACAAGCACAACACAUUUGUACACAUAGAUUAAGCGAAAACUUGGUCGCUUCAACGUUUGUAAGUAAGCAAAAUUGAAUAUUUGGAAUAUGUAGAAAAACAUGUAAAGAAAUUAUACAUACAUGCAUAAGUUGUAUUUACCCAAGGAAAGUGACAACUUUAGAUUCAAACAAUAAAGUAAAAGUAAAAUAACAAAAACAAACACAAAAACAAAAAACAGAACCCCUAAAACGGCGAAAAAUAAUGCAGAUAAGAACAAAAAGAA